UCCUCUAGGACAUUCCUAUCCAACCUCCACCUGCUCCGUUGCUCUCCUCCAGAUCUGCCAUGAGUUUCACGGGCUGGAUGAAGAGCUUCCUGCCUUCCGUGAAGAUGAUGAAGAAAAAGUUUUCGCUGUGGGAUCUCGGCUUCUUCAGCACCGAGAGCCACCUGGCCCAGCGACUCAAGAAGAACAGUUGCCACCCGUUCACCUUGCAGCAGCCCAAUGUCUUCGUGCUCGAGUAUUACCACGACUCCCUGUGGAAGGGGGGGAUGCUCUGCCUGGCCUGCCUCGUCGGCCUGCAGUUCUCCUACUUACUGAAGAUCACCGAGAAUUCUGAGGAAGGAAGCGGCUUCCUGAUCUACGGGCUGGGCAUCGGGCUGUGGUUCGUGCUGUCCUCCGUGCAGAAGCGCCGCCUGGUACUAAACCAUACGCGCGGCCUCUACCACUUCUCCAUCAGCAGCCGCAUGGUCUACCAGGGCCCCGUUCACUAUAUCUACGUCCGGAUGGCCGUGCGCAUCGACGCCUACGGACGCCGCUUCUACCAGCUGGUUCUGUGUGGGCACAAGCUAGAAGCGCUAGUGUUGGUGAAGCUGUCGGAGCGCUAUGAGCAGAUGGAGUUCCUGGGCCGAUACGUGGCCCACAAACUCAACCUCAACUACUUCGACUGCACUUCCCUGUCCACCCGCCACGUAAUCCGCCACUGGCCCCUGGGCGAAGGGCCCGGAACGCUGGGCAUCCAGGGCAUCACCCGGCGGCGGUACCACGGCAGACAGGACGGCUACUGAGAAGCCUCCCGCCCCUCGCGGGGCAUCGCAACUGACUCGAAAGGGACUCGAACCCCGAAACGUCCAGUUCCUCCCUAUCUCCCGA